UAACAAUGGAAAAAAAGUCCCACGUGCAUUACAGGACAUGCGAAGGAGCGUCCUCCGAUCAUGCUUGCCUGGCCUAAGUUGAUGUUUUGAGUAGAGAAGAGGCGACGGGGACAAGAUUCUCAACGAUGAACCUGAGUUGAAAAUGAUUGUUCUUUGGUGUCAGCCUGUCAUCUGACUUGAUCCAAGAAUUAAAAAUCUCUUUUGCUUACAACAUGGAUGCAACAGUUGAAGACACACAACUGCCAGAGGGUUGGGUUAAGUGCUUCUCUAAAUCUCAGUCUGGGAUGGUUUAUUUUUUUAACACUCUGACAGGUGAAUCACUUUGGGAGCAUCCUGAAGCUGUAUUGCUCAAUGAAAAGAAUAAAGGCCAUGCUACCACUGCAGCUGUUACGAUUUCCAAGAAGGAAGAGGAAUCACUUACGAAUCACAACAGCACUGCAAGCCGGAAGCGAAAUCGUAAUGAACGCAAGCUGAAACCAUUAUCAAAAAGUAAGUCGGGAAAUAAUUUUAAAAAAGGUGCGAAAGGGGAUCAAAUGGAGGUCAAAGUAAUGAAGAAAACUGAAACAUUAAAGGCAAGGAUUGUUUUAAAUACAGAUAGGGAGAGGAGUGACAAAGGUCCACUUUCCUUGAAUUUCCAUCGAUCUAAUAGUGUUGAUGGUUGUCAUACUGACAUUAGUACUAGUCAGGUCUCUACAAAGUCUAAAGAAUGGCAGUUUACUAUGGAUAAUGCAAAACAUGGACGGUUGGAGGUUGAACGGGGAGGCCUUGCUAAUCAUGGAAGAGACAAAGUCAGUGAUUAUAAUUCCAAUAAUGUUGUGAAUGCGAAUGGUUCUUUAAUAACGCAAAACAGAAGCUCGGAAAAGAAGACUCUUAAACCUCUUAAGCCGCUAAAAACUCAAAAUCCCCGAUCUACUAAUAACACUGAAAAUAAUUUUAAGAAUUCAAGUUACCGAAUACCAAAAAAGAAACCAAUUUCGACUCCUAAAACCCCAGUAGGCAAAUUUACACCUUUUACUGGGGAUAAUUUUAAUGCUGAGCGAAACGUAUCGCCCACCAAAAAUGAGUCCAGGCGGUCGAUCGAUCGGAAAGACUCAUCGAAAUCAUUGCGGUCGCCUGGAAGCAUUUCUGGUCGAAGUUCAUCCUCCUGGUCCACAUCUGAUAUUGCCAUGACAGGACCAUUGGAGGCUGAAUGUGACAGCGAACCCUUGAAAGACCGCACGGUUGAACCAGCUGAGGAAGAGAUGGAGAUUGAUGAUGCAGGAUUCAUGACAAAGAAAAUAUUCAAACAGAUCGAGAGCAUCCGUUUGGACAAAAUCGAAAUUCCCAGGACUGCGGAUUCUACAGUAAGAGAUCCAGUAAAAGUUAUGGACGGCUCUUUGUUCAUCGUCUUGGAUACCAACAUUCUCCUCUCUCACUUGAAAUUCGUCUCAGAGUUAAAGGACUCGCCAAUACCUGGCGCUGGAAGACCAACUGUGGUAAUUCCAUGGAUGGUUGUUCAAGAAUUAGACAGGUUGAAGAAUGCUCCGGAUUCAAGAAUAGUUGAAGCAGGAGAAGGAGAGGUAAACCAACCCUUCAUCAGCAUCAAUUUUCUUGCUCGCAAUGCCGUUGCGUUUAUUCACAAUUGUUUCUCGCAAAACCACCCAAGGAUCAAGGGGCAGUCUGUGUUUGAGGCAAGCAAGUCAGUUGAUGGAUUCACGGAGGAGACAAAUGACGACAGUAUACUAUGUUGUUGUUUGCUUUUAAAGCAAAAUGCUCCUCAGACAAAGACGGUUCUCCUUUCAAACGACAGAAACCUGUGCAGCAAAGCUCUGAUGAACGGAGUUAAGGCUUUUACGAAAAAGACUCUAUUGCCAGGGCUUCAGGACCUUUUUCAGAGCGGAAACAUAAUCGUUCAUAAAGGCCAUUUCAAAGAAUAUUUCAAGGAAGCCGAGAUUCAGGAGCGUAUAUCUGAGCAGCAGAAAAAGGCUGACAACUUGAUCUGUGAGCUUCAGUGCAUAUUAAGGGAAGCCCUGGCAGCAAUUGUGGAGCAGGAAAUGAAAGAAGUCUAUGGUGAAAUUUGGCUGGCAAUUGUGAAAAUCAAACCACCAUGGACCCUUAUAGACACAUUUGAAUUGCUAGAGAAGCAUUGGAUCGCUGUUUUUGGCCAAAUAGUUAACAGGAAUCUAAAGGAAAAAGUAACGGAGUUGAAGAAAAAGUUUUUGGGUGGGGAAGAUACAACAAGAGAUUUAAAUUUGGCAGGAGGUAUGAUUGAGCUUGGCUUCGCCAUCUGCGAUACAUUCGCAAAGCAUUCUGGUUAUGAUGGAGUUCUAUCUAAAUGUCUGGCAGCGGCCAUUGUUUUGCGAAGAACUUACAAGAAGUACGUUAGCACUGUGGCUGCGAUUCCAAGCAGAAACGAGGACGAGGAGCCCACACGCAAGCGCCGCCCGUUGCCAGAACCAUCAGACGGGGGUACGGUGUCAGACAGCGUUAGUGCUGUGCUGCAUCAAGGCCAGGAGGGAUCAAACGAGAGGCAACUGGAAGACGCGAAACCUCCACACUUCGCUGUUAUGAUAACUUUUGACGAAAUAUGGAAGGCAGUUAGAAUGCUAAGUUCAUCGAUAUUCAGAUCUAUGGAAUAUCCGAACCCAUACCAGGAAGAUGACGAAAAUAUCAACCUCAGGCCUUCAAAAGAGGAAUCGCUAAGGUUUCUUCAACAAUUUGUUCCUUGUUUAGGCCGUCUUGUACAAGGGAUCCAAAGGGUUCUAGCUUGCUCUCAGGAGGACUCCGUCAAAAAUCCUGAUAUAUUUGUUGAGUUAGGAGAAAGCAUUGCACAGUUUUUGAAAUCGAUAAUGUGUCGUGACUGUAAGAUUACCCUCGAUGAGCUUUGCGCCUUUUGCAUGGAUAAUCUUUGCAGGAAUGCUUUGGUACAAGGCAUGUCUCAAUUGGAUCGGGCUUUAGCAAUGCUGCAACAUUGUCAGACUUUAGCCGCAAAGCAACCUUAGAGCCUUGAAUGUAGACAUUGGCAAGACCCGUUGUAAAAUUGUUUUCUUUGUGCCCUCCAUCAGUGUUACCAUUAAUUGGUUUUGCUUUCUUGUGAUAAGAAAAUGGCGGCUGUGUUUCUCCUGAUCAAAAUGUUUCUUUCCAUCGGUUAUAAACAGAGCACGUUGCAUCCACCUACUCAGUCUGCCGGUAGAAUUUGGUUACUUAGCAAUAAAGAUCCCUCAUAACUAAUCGAACAACAACUGGAACUUUAGACCUGUCGACAUAUGAAAAAUAAUCACUGCUCAAAAUUAUUUGUUCAAGAUAUUUAUAUAAUAAUAGUUACUCUACUCUCUUAUCAUAUGCUUGUUAGUUGUUUGGAUUUAGCCAGUUAACUUAAGAGAACUCGUCACAAGAAGUUAGAUCGUUUCACGAAUGUUUAUAUGAAUUUAAUACCACUUAACGGGGCAGAAGUCUCAUUUAUCUAGUUGCUAAUAAACUUUUUUCUGUUUUUAGUGCCACAGUAAUGACAAUGUUUAUAGAAAAGUUCCUUUGCCCAUUGAAUUCUUUUGCUCGAUCGGCUUUGUAUUUCAGUUGCAAUUAUUUAUUAUUGUCAGUACCGAUAUCCGAAUAGGUUUUGAUUCGAGCAGACAUUUUUAUUCGAAUAUUUCAAAAGGGCAAAGAAUCUACACAAUAGUUGCUGUUUUACUAGGAUCCUCACAGUUAAGACUUAACAAGAAAACAAGAUAUUAUGAAUGAAAGAAAAUAUGAUAUUAGUUUGUCCAAUUGUACAAUAAAACCAUGCCACUUGAUGAAAUCAUUUUGUGAAUAAUUAUCAAUCAAGCAUUCUGGAUUGCAUACUUCAGGCCCUAAACUGUUAAUCAUUAAACUUGUUGUUACCAAAUUGUAAAACCCUUUGCUUCCAAAUUGCGUUUUAUUUGGAAUUAUUAUUACCAGACGAGUCUUGCCUACUUUCCAUGUAAAUGUAAAUUUAAAGAGGCAAGAAUCUGUGAAACAAAUACAAAUUUCGUGUUAACAGACCCGUAUACAGAUUUUCAUAUAGCUGAAAACGUCUUUGUGUUUGUAGGUUAAUUGUUUUGUUUGUAGAAAUGUUCUGUUUGUUUUUAAACCUGGAAAUACAUCCGAAAUGGAAGAUCUAGCCAGUUAUAUUGAAUUCGUUCAGAUAACAAUCUUCCAUUUCUUUCACAUCUAUCGAUUGUCGGAGUGAGGCGUUUAUUAGCUUAUUGCCUGAUCUGACAUGUCCGAAAAUUGUCAUUUUUGUUUAGUUAGUUUUGUAAAACAUGAUCAACUUGAUGGGUUGCGAUUAUAAACCUGAUGAGCUUA